AUGAAUGUUUGUCUUCCUGUCUCAGGCUGUCCGACGCUGUGGGAUGACAUGCGCUGCUGGUACCGAGCCGAGGUGGGAGAGGUGGUCAGCGUCUCGUGUGCUAAUGUCUCGCAGCUGUUUGCUGAUAAUCGAGUUUACGUCUACAGGAACUGCACUGAGGGAGGAUGGUCCGAGCUUUACCCAGCGUACGAGGAGGCCUGCGAGUUUGCGGAGGACGAGGCGAUCGAGCCAGAGACAACAUACUUCUCCAACUUCAAACAGGUGUACACAGCUGGCUACGCUACCUCCCUCAUCUCGCUCAUAUCGGCCAUUUUUGUCUUCACUGUGUUCAGGAAGUUUCACUGCACCAGGAACUACAUCCACAUCAACCUGUUCUUCUCUUUCAUCCUGAGAGCGAGCGCCGUCUUCAUUAAAGAUGGAGUCCUCUUCUCUGAUGAAAACCUGGACCACUGCUUCAUGUCGACGACUUCCUGUAAAUCAGCAGUGGCCUUUUUCCAGUUCAGUAUCCUUGCCAACUACUUCUGGCUGCUGGUGGAGGGCAUGUACCUGCAGACGCUGCUGGCGCUCACCUUCGUCUUCCAGAAGAAAUAUUUCUGGUGGUACAUUCUCAUCGGCUGGGGUCUCCCGACUACAAUCAUAACAGCGUGGAUCCUCACUCGAAAGUUCUACGAUAACAAAGGCUGCUGGGAUGACACAGAUGUGGCCUUCAUCUGGUGGAUCAUAAAAGCUCCAAUAACUGCAUCAUUGCUGGUGAACUUCAUCAUCUUCAUCAACGUGAUCCGUAUUCUGGUGCAGAAGCUGAGAUCUCCUGGUGUCGGUGGAAAUGACACCAGCCACUUCAAGAGACUGGCCAAAUCCACUCUGCUUCUCAUUCCUCUGUUCGGGAUGCACUACAUGGUUUUUGCCUUCCUGCCAGAAAACACAGGAACAGAGGCUCGAAUCUUCAUAGAGCUCGGUUUGGGAUCCUUUCAGGGAUUCGUUGUGGCCAUGCUCUACUGUUUCCUAAAUGGUGAGGUGCAGGCAGAGUUAAAGAAGAGGUUUUGGAAGUGGCAGACUCAGAACUACCUGAGGUACAGUAAACGACGCCGUACGCUGUUCACCGAGAGCAGUACGGUCACUCAGAUUUCCGUCCUGGACAAAUCCAGCCCCAAAGAUCAGCCGAGCGCAGAGACGCCCGCCUUCACAAACAUGCUAGCACCCAACAACGUCUCCACAGUCUGA